AUGAAUGGAAAUAUCCCACUGCCACGCUCACCCGCCAAGCAUAAUGAGUCACAUACCUCGAGCAUGCAGCUAUCUACGACCUCCACUAAUGAGAACGACGUACAACAGACAGAGUCUCCUGACAUCACAUCCAGCAUCCAACGCGAUUCUGAGCCUGCCGUGGGAACAGCAAGCGUCAGCCUCGCCGAGGACACUGUGGACCGAUGUCGGGGGGCAGCAGCAGAUCCCCAGAGGGAGACUGAGAAGCAGAGAAGAGUGGGGCAGCCUGAGAGAUCUGGAGGUCCCUUGGGCAAGAGCUCCAGCCUGGUGUUGAUAAAUGGGUUGCACAGUGAAUCGGAGCCUGGGAAAGAGAAAGAUUUUGAUGGCAAGGAAAGAGCAGAAGCAAAGAAUCAGAGCAGUCCAAGUGUAGGCAGUCCUAUUCUGGAAGAGAGAGAUUUGGCAAAGAAGUUGCUCUUCUGCAAGAUGCACAGCAAUGCAGAGCUGCUAGACCCAGAAGAUGGUGAAGACCAGCUAAGCUUUGCUGUCUCAGAAGCUCAGCAAAGUGGCCUGGAGGACGACAAAGAAGAUUUUGCGUUUAAGGACAUCAGAGACGGCUUCAGCUCUACCUUUGAAAAAAUCGUGGAGUCUGACCUGAUGAAGGGCACCUAUUACAGCAGUCUGGACUCCUUGGAUGUGCUCUCUCUGACUGAUGAGACAGACAGCUGCGUUAGCUUUGAAGCGCCACUCACCCCUCUCAUUCAGCAAAGAACUAAGGAAAGCUCUAAACUUUUGGAGCAGAAACUCGUCAAUCACCAGAAGGAAGCUCUGGAGCCCGUGGUGGUAGAUAGGCAGGAGGAGACAAUGGCCAAGGCAGUGGAGGGUGAGUGUGGGAGCCCACUGAAACACUCCAUCACCAGCAGCCGCUCCGAGAAUGUGCUGAGCAGGGCGUUUUUGAAAAACAUCCCCAAUGGAUACCAUAUCGAGAGGCCCGAGGACGAGGCAUCGAAGCUUAUUAAUUCAGUCAGCGAUGCCAGCAUCAAAGACACACUUUCUGACUCAGAUUCUGAUAUGGGCAGCAUGGAACAACUGGACCAGGGAAGCACGGACACUCUGGCCAACGGCUGCAAAGCAGACAACGAGGCCGCCAAGAGACUGGCCAAAAGGCUUUUUCACCUCGAAGGGUUCAAGCACUGUGACGUGGCACGCCAACUUGGGAAGAAUAAUGAGUUUAGCAAACUGGUAGCAGAAGAAUAUCUCCGUUUCUUUGACUUCACCGGGCUGACCUUGGACAAAGCACUCAGGACAUUCCUAAAAGCCUUUCCCCUCAUGGGAGAGACACAAGAACGGGAACGUGUCCUCAUCCAUUUCUCGCACAGAUACUGCCACUGCAAUCCGGAGGAGAGCACGUCUGAAGAUGGAAUUCAUACCCUUACCUGUGCCCUGAUGCUGCUCAAUACAGAUCUGCAUGGACAUAAUAUUGGGAAGAAGAUGUCCUGCCAGCAAUUUACUGCUAACCUGGAUGGAUUAAAUGAUGGGAAGGAUUUUGCCAAGGAACUAUUAAAGAGCCUGUAUAACUCAAUUAAAAAUGAAAAGCUUGAAUGGGCUAUGGAUGAAGAUGAACUCAGAAAAUCCUUGUCAGAACUGGUUGAUGACAAAUUUGGGGCAGGUGCCAAGAAAGGACCAAGGAUAGUGGACGGCAGCAACCCUUUCCUGGAUGUCCCCCAGUCCCAGAACGCCGUCACCUACAAGCACGGCAUCCUCACACGGAAGACCCACGCGGACAUGGAUGGGAAGAGAACUCCCAGGGGACGACGAGGAUGGAAGAAAUUUUAUGCUGUGCUGAAAGGAACCAUUCUGUAUCUGCAAAAGGAUGAAUAUAAACCUGACAAGGAUCUCUCUGAAGUCGAUCUCAAGAAUGCGAUCCGCAUCCACCACGCCUUAGCCACGAAAGCCUCUGAUUACAGCAAGAAGUCCAAUGUGCUGAAGCUGAAGACAGCAGACUGGAGAGUUUUCCUCUUCCAAGCUCCAAGCAAAGCAGAGAUGCUAUCCUGGAUCCUGAGAAUCAACCUGGUGGCUGCCAUCUUUUCUGCUCCUGCUUUCCCAGCUGCUAUUUGCUCCAUGAAGAAGUUCUGUAGGCCCCUCUUGCCAUCUUCAACAACUAAACUCUGUCAGGAGGAACAGCUGCAGUCCCAUGAGAAUAAAAUGAGGCAGAUUGCGGAUGAGUUAACUGAGCAUAAACUACAUCCAGUAGUGAAAGGCCUCAAGUCAAAAGAAGCUGAAGAAUACCGUUUGAAAGAGCAUUACUUAAUAUUUGAGAAAAGUCGCUAUGAGACGUAUAUCAAUCUCCUGUGCAUGAAGAUAAAGGCUGGGACAGAUGACCUGGAAAAAAUUGAAGCCAAUCUUUUCACAAUGGAAACUGAAGACAUCUCCUUGAGGAAGACGUAUUCCAGCCCGUCCAUAAGCCAAGGACAGUUGCCGGCAAUGAGCAAAGCAGAAAAGGAUGUUACAGAGCAAAGCACUUCUGGCCACCAAUAA